UCUCUUGCAGGAUACCUCGUCCUGUCAGUUUCUUGACUUUUGUUUCCACCGUCGGAGCAGCUCUCACCCCGGCUUCUCUCCGUCUCCUUCGCCGUUCUUCUGGCUAAUAUGUCAGAGUACAACGCGGUGUCGCCGCCCGGGUCCGGGGUCCCUCUGGGCGGAGGAACACCUCUGGGAAACGGAGCAGGAGGCGACAAGAAAGAUGCGUUUGCGGACGCGGUGCAGCGGGCCCGGCAGAUUGCAGCCAAGAUCGGGGGUGAUGCUGUUCCUCCUGUGAGCAACAACACUGCAUCGGAUGGCUUUCCAUUCACUGCUCAGAAACGGCCGCUGGAGGAUGCAGAUGAGCCUGAAAGUAAGAAGCUGGCUGCACAGAGUGAUGUGGAUUCAACCAAAGCCCUGUCUAUUGGUGCACAGCUUGCUGCUCUUGCACAACAAAGGCCUUCGUCCAUCACAGAGGAGUACACUGUUCCAGACAGCAUGGUGGGACUCAUUAUUGGCCGUGGAGGUGAACAGAUCAAUAAGAUUCAACAGGAUUCAGGUUGUAAAGUUCAGAUUGCUCCAGACAGUGGAGGCCUUCCAGAAAGGAGUGUCUCUCUAGCAGGUUCCCAUGAAUCCAUACAGAAUGCUAAGAGGCUGUUGGAUGAGAUUGUGUCUCGAGGAAGGGGUACACCUCCUUCUUCUUAUCAUGAGUCCACUAAUGGGCAGAACGGCUCAGUUCAUGAGAUGAUGAUUCCUGCUGGCAAGGCUGGCCUUGUCAUUGGAAAGGGAGGAGAGACCAUUAAGCAGUUGCAGGAGCGUGCAGGAGUGAAAAUGAUCCUGAUCCAGGAUGCUUCUCAGGGACCUAAUGUUGAUAAGCCAUUGCGUAUUAUUGGAGAGCCAUACAAAGUCCAGCAAGCCCAGGAAUUGGUGCAGGAGAUUUUGAGGGAACGAGACCAUGGUGGCUAUAGUGAAAGAAAUGAAUACAGUUCCCGAAUGGGAGGAGGCAUGGAUAUCCCUGUUCCACGACACUCAGUCGGUGUGGUCAUUGGGCGUAACGGAGAGAUGAUCAAGAAAAUCCAGAAUGAUGCUGGGGUUCGCAUACAGUUCAAACAAGAUGAUGGGACAGGUCCUGAUAAAAUUGCACACAUCAGUGGUCCACCUGAUCAUUGUGAACAUGCCUCCCAGAUCAUCAGCGACCUCCUGCAGAGCAUCAGGGUCAGGGAGGAGGGUCAGGGGGGACCCUCAGGCCCACCUGGUGUGCCUUCAGGCAACAGAGGGCGAGGCGGUGGACAAGGUGGCUGGGAGCCCCCUGCUGGGGAAAUGGCCUUUUCUAUUCCUGCUCACAAAUGUGGGCUUGUAAUUGGCAGAGGAGGGGAGAAUGUCAAGUCCAUCAACCAGCAGACUGGGGCCUUUGUGGAAAUUUCCCGUCAGCCACCUCCAAAUGGAGACCCCAACUUUAAACUGUUUAUCAUCCGGGGUUCACCACAGCAGAUCGACCACGCCAAGCAGCUUAUUGAAGAGAAGAUUGAGGGUCCUUUGUGUCCAGUUGCCACAGGGCCAGGCGGACCCGGUCCUGCUGGUCCUGCCGGUCCAUAUAACCCCACCCCAUACAACCCUGGGCCACCACAUGGUGGUCCUCCAGGUCCUCAGUACACUCCUCAGGGUUGGAGCAACACCUAUCAGCAGUGGCAGCCCCAGGCACCCCAUGACCCAAGCAAGGCAGCAGCCAAUGACCCCAACGCAGCCUGGGCGGCCUACUACGCUCAGUACUACCAGCAGCCGUCUGGGGCUGUGCCAGGCCAAUACGCUGCAAACCCACCUGGAGGGGCCCCGGCAUCAGGUGACCAGAACCCGCCGGCACAGAACCCAGGGAGCCAGCCAGACUACACCAAGGCCUGGGAGGAUUACUACAAAAAGAUGGCCCAGGCUGGUAGUUCUGCUCCUGGAACAGCAGCUGCAGUUCCAGCACCAGCAGGGGGCGCUGCAUCCACAACAGGAGCCCAGCCGGACUACAGUGCAGCCUGGGCAGAGUACUACAGGCAGCAGGCUGCCUACUAUGGACAGACCGGACAGGCCUCGAACCAACCCCCCACUCCACAGCAAGGACAGGUUGGUACAGAAAUGCCGUGAAAGAGCAUGACAGAAGAUCUCUGAUGCUAAAGAGAAGUAGGAAGAAAAAGAAGUGGAUCCUGAACGUCAGACUAAAGUUUAAGCUGUUAUGUUAUAUUUAUUUGUUGUUGUGUGGAGAAAUGAAACCUAUACUCUGCACUGUUUUCAUAAAAAACAGGAACUGGUUAAAUAUUUCCUGUGCUUUGCUGCUAAGGGGGAGGGAGAAGACUGAUAAACACAUUUGACAGGUACACACUCAUCACAAAGCUUGUCAUUGCCUCUGCAUAUACAGCCAUAAUAUACAUACACUGAGACCUCGUCCUGUUUAUUUGGCAGAUGCGAAGAGAAUGAGUUGCUAAUAUAUCCUCCUUAUAUUUUUAUUUCCUCUUAACACUUGUACAUCCAGGUUUUAAAGCACUUACCUUUAUAUCCCAGUGUUAAAUAAGAUGACUUGCACACAGUUAUUGUGUAUCUGUUACUGGUAAUAAACCAGAAAAAAUAUUUUUAAAUCUCAUUUGAUUGGAUUAAUUGUUUUAUUUUAAGUAUUAUUAAUUUGUCUGAUGACUUUCACAUGGUGUAUGGAUAGGAGUAUUUGUACUAGUGUGAGUGAGCCAACAUGCAACAUUAAAAGAGUAUGUGCGAGCACUAGUAUUCGUUAAAAGGUACCAGAGGAUGAAAGUAAAACAUUUAAAAGUGAGACUCAACAGUAGGAAACGUACGAGCCGUUUGGGGUAUAGUGGUUAAACCCAUUUAUAAAUGUUCACAUGUGUACGUUAAAAGGAUUGAGACCAUGAUAGGUAUUCUUAAUUCUGGUAUCUUUGCUGAUUCCUAGGAUUUUUGCAAAUUAAACCAGAUUAUGCACCUCUGGGAUAUAAGUGGCUUCUAAUUUACAGCCCUUCCAUAAGCACCAACCUCCAAACCAUUAUGUUUGUUAAUUUACUAGUGUUAUUUUUUAGGUUUCUGCCAUUCUAAUUUUAUAUUUAAUUGCUUCUUGUCACACAUCUGUCUGCAGUUUAGGUACAUUUUCUGCAUUUUCAAAUCAAAUGGCAGAUAUUGUUUUACAUCCAUUACAGAAAGAAAAUGUUUUUCAGAUUCGGUUUGUUUGGUAUUCGUAUAUUAUUUCUUCUUUCCUAUUUGUAUUGCCUCCAGUGGGAUGUAAACUACAACAAAAAUGUAAAACACUGACACAUGCUGCUAGCAGACAUUAACCUCAACUGCACUUUGUCUUUGUAACUGUUAUGUAGUGUAGCAUUUUCCUUGUGGGAUCAUUGUGUCCUGUAGUACAUGCAGUACAGGCUUUCUGGAAUAUCACGUAAGGCUGCAUUUAUAACAACACAGUCCCUGUGCAGUUUGACGUUGCAGUUAAAACAUCUUACAUCAAGGCUGCAUGUGUUUGUAUUUAUAAUUUUUUUUUUUAAAGAAUUCCAGUUUUCUAUUAUGUUUGCCUUCAUUUUGUCAUUGAUAGUGGAUAAAGGAGUGGAGUAGAGUCUUCCAGUGCGUCUCUUUAAAAGAUAUACUGUAUAUUGUAUUUAUCAUUCAGCAAUAUAAGGGUUUGGAUUUAUAGAGUUGUAUCAGGUAUGACUAAUGUAUUAUUUGGGAGCAGUGUUAAUAUCAUUAAUAAAUGACCACCAGCAGCAAUAUUCUGAAUUAAAAAGAGGUAAAAUAAC